CGGGUGCCGGGCAGCGAAGUGACCCGGCCGUUCCCUGCGCCUCCCCUCCAGUCUUCUCCUCCCGGGCACGAAGGCGCCUAUCCCGCAGGUAGAGACCAUGCCUCCGAAAUUCAAGCGGCACCUGAACGACGACGAGGUGACGGGCUCGGUGAAGAGCGAGCGGAGGAACCUGUUGGAGGAAGAUUCAGAUGAAGAGGAAGACUUUUUCUUGAGAGGGCCUUCUGGACCAAGAUUUGGACCCAGGAAUGACAAGAUCAGGCAUGUCCAGAACCAGGUGGAUGAAGUCAUCGACGUUAUGCAGGAGAACAUCACGAAGGUGAUUGAAAGAGGCGAGCGGCUGGAUGACCUGCAGGAUAAAUCAGAAAGUUUAUCAGACAAUGCAACGGCUUUUAGCAACAGAGCCAAGCAGCUUCGGAGACAGAUGUGGUGGCGAGGCUGCAAGAUGAAGGUGAUCAUAGCACUGGUGGCAGUCAUUCUCCUGCUCGUGAUCAUCGUACCCAUAGUCCUGAAAUACCAUACCUGACGGGGCAGCUGGAGGCUUCGGUGGAGCUGGCUCUGGGAUAACCAAACUGCUGUGUAAUUUAAGUGAGAUAUCUGUAUAUAGCUUUGAAGUUGUUUUUCUCCAAGGAGUGAGGAGGCGGCGGCAAGUAGCCAGUUCUAACGGAGUUUUAAGAACUGCCAAAUGACCCUUGUUUUUGGUAGAGUACCUGCUCCUGCUGUCAGACUUUUUUUUAUAACAGAAGAUUCAGUUCCCAAACCGCCUGUUUUGUGGAAUUCUGGGUCUCUGGUUUGGAGCCAGCUACUUGCCACUUGCCACUACAGUUUGUCUGUAUAUAUGGUUAAGUUCUAAUAUUA